UGACUGCUAUGGCUAAGACUUCCAGUACUAUGUUGAAUGCGAAUGGUGAAAAUGGACAUCCCUGUCUUGUUCCUGAUCUUAAGGGAAACAUUUUUAGUUUUUGCCCAGUACUGAUUAGGAUGAAUGGGAUUUGGAGAAAUUCUAUUUCCUGUCUAAGGAUAAGAAAGGUGCCUCGCAGAUACCAAACUGGUUAUCACCCAGCGGUCCCUCUGGGAUCAAGGAUUUUAACCGACCCAGCUAAAGUUUUUGAGCACAACAUGUGGGAUCAUAUGCAAUGGUCAAAAGAAGAAGCAGCAGCAGCCAGAAAAAAAGUAGAGGAAAACUCAGCGGUGCGAGUCCUUCUAGAAGAGCAAGUUAAGUAUGAGAGUGAAGCUAAUAAAUAUUGGGACACAUUUUACAAGAUUCAUAAGAAUAAGUUUUUCAAGGAUCGAAAUUGGCUAUUGAGGGAAUUUCCUGAAAUUCUUCCAGUUAAUCAAAAAACUGAAGAGAAAGCAAAAGAACUAUCAUGGGAUCAUGUAAAAACUAAUGCUGCAAAUUGUUUCUCAAGAAAGCACUGUCCUACUCUGCCUGAAGAAAAAAAUUCUAAGAAAAGUUCUGGCUUGUCACAUGGUCAAAACAAGGCCGAAUCUGAUUUUUCCCACCUAGACUCUGAAGAACACAGAAAAGGACCCCUGGAGACUGAGCUCUUUCCUGGUAGCAAAGCCUCAUUCAGAAUCCUAGAGGUUGGCUGUGGUGCUGGAAAUAGCGUUUUUCCAAUUCUGAACAUUUUGCAGAAUACUCCAGAGUCAUUUCUUUAUUGUUGUGAUUUUGCUUCUGGAGCUGUGGAGCUAGUAAAGUCGCACCCAUCCUACAGAGCAGCCCAGUGCUGUGCCUUCGUGCACGAUGUUUGUGAUGAAGGCGGACCCUACCCUUUCCCCGAUGGGGUCCUGGAUGUCGUCCUCCUGGUCUUUGUGCUCUCUUCCAUUCAUCCUGACAGGAUGCAAGGUGUUGUAAACCGAUUGUCCAAGUUACUAAAACCUGGUGGAAUGCUGUUAUUUCGGGACUAUGGAAGAUAUGAUAAGACUCAGCUUCGUUUUAAAAAGGGGCAUUGUUUAUCUGAAAAUUUUUAUGUUCGAGGAGAUGGUACCAGAGCCUAUUUCUUUACAAAAGGGGAAGUCCACAGUAUGUUCUGCCAGGCUGGGCUAGAUGAGAAGCAAAAUCUGGUUGAUCACCGCUUACAAGUAAAUAGGAAAAAACAAGUGAAAAUGCACCGAGUGUGGGUUCAAGGCAAAUUCCAGAAACCGUCACACUUGACUCAAAAAAGCUCCAAAUUGAUAUUUUCACUCCUUUCUCAUAGCUGAACUAUGUACCAUGUUAAGGUACAAACCAGAGGACGACCCGAUUCAAAGACUUCUGAAAAGUUUUCAUUUUUGAAAAGACAAUCAGAAGAAGAAAAUUUAUAUAUUCUCUGUUUAUCAUGGAUGAACUCUUUUGUGUAUUCCAAACACAUGUAAGUGACUUGGAAGAGUACACCAUACUCUGUGUUUUCAAAACUUAAUACGAUCGUGUUUGGUUGGGUUUAUGGUGUCUAACCAUUUUGUUUACUGAUUGAAUUUUGUAAGCAUUCAAUUAAAUUAGUGUUGUAAGUCAAAUGAUUCUGAGAAACCAUAACCUUUUACUUUUUAGGAGUGGAAAAAAUCGCCUACUCUAUAUAUUAGUCAAACAACACAAUUUCACUCCCCUUCAUUGUUACCUGGUAACAGAGAGACAGCUCACCUUGCUUCCAGGGAAAAUCACAAACCCAAGACAAAGGUGUAUUUUUUUUUUGUUUUAUUGUGUUUUCCCCAAAACUUUUUUUUAAAAUCAGGGACUAAUGUCUGAAAUAGAAUUUUAGUUUCUCUUUCUUUCUCUAAAAUUGGGGAAGUAUGACCAAGGCUAACAUUAUUUUCAGAUUAUUAGGUGUACAAGUCUUUGUAAAUUCACUUUAACACAACUGUUAUACCCAAGAAAAAUAUUCAAUUGUAGCAAUUAAUUUAUUUACCACCUUGCCUCAGAAAGGAUAUAAAUUGGAUUGCAUGUUGCACAUCAUUAGAAUGGAGUUUCUAAAAUUGGUCUUUCAUUUGUUACUAAGUACUUACAUUGUGCUGAGUCUUGUGGAAUAAUACAAUGAGUACAGAUCCAGCCCUAUCUUCAGAGAGCAUAAUAUAAAAAGAAUCUAGUUGGCAAAGCAAGAUGUACACAUCCCAAGCCUCUAAAUCAAGAUUUAAUAUAAUGUAUGAACAAGUACUCAGAUGGGGAGCUUAACAGCUAGUGGACAUUGAUUAUGAGUGACAAAGAUCUGGAAUAAAUGGACACUCUCUUAAAUAAUUCAGGUCCCACUGUUUUUCUUUUGAAUUUACUUAAAAUUCAACUUCCUGGAAGAAUGUGAUUGAUCCAACUUAGGUCAUGGAUUCUCUCUUAAUAGGCCCGGGCAGAGCAGCUAAAUUGAUGGUACCAACCACA